AAAAACUUAUUGGUUCACAUUAUACGAUUUUUUGUCUGGCCAUAUUGGCUUAAAUCAGCAAAACCAUGACCGUUGAUUCCGCUGACCGGAAAGAAAUCAUCUUGAACAUUGAUGACAGAAGCAAUGACGGUAGCAUUCCGGCUUCUGCUGCUGCAGCCACCGCCAGCGGUGGAGGUAAGAUUUUGAGAGAGUCAAGCUAUGAAUUUUGGAAAGACAGCGUGAAAAUCAAGAGCAACUGGAAAAUAGAGAAUGUUACUUGCAGUAGUGGUAGUAGUAGUAAUAGAGAAAGUGAAGGUUUUGAUUUCAUGCAAAGCAAACAAGAUGAAAUUGAAGAUCCACCAUUAAAGUUGAUUGGUCAGUUUUUGCAUAAACAAAAAGCUUCAAGCGAGAUUUCAUUAGAUAUGGAUUUGGAAAUGGAUGAACUUAAGCAAGAGCCACCUCAUCAUGGCAACUUAUUGCCCGCAGUUGCUGAAUCACCUUCACCUUCACCUUCACCAACUGCUGUUCCCAGGGUGUCCUUUGAAAACAACCCUGUAAGAAGAAGACGAAGUAAAGGGUCACCAUCUCCAGGAAAAGAAGAGAGUAGGGACUCUAGGGAGAGUGAUGGGGUUGUAAAGUGUAGUUCAAACUCUUCUUCUAAAAGAAGUGAAGGUAGUUCUUUUCAAAGGAAAUCAAGUUUGUUAGCAACCAAGACAAAGUCAAGGUUGAUGGACCCUCCUACACCGGAAAAGGGGGAGCCAAAGUCAGCGAAAGCUGGAGUAGGGAAGUUAGGACAGAUAAUGAGAUCUGGGCUUCUUGGGAAAAAUAUGGAGGAAGAAGAGGAUGAUCCAUUGCUUGAAGAAGAUUUGCCUGAUGAGUAUAAGGAAGAUAAGUUAAGUGUUUUGGUUUUGCUUGAAUGGUUAAGUUUGAUUUUGAUUAUUGCUGCUUUGGUUUGUAGUCUUACAGUUCCUUUUUUAAGAAACAAACGUUUGUGGAAUCUUAUGUUGUGGAAAUGGGAAGUUUUGGUUUUGGUUUUAAUAUGUGGUAGAUUGGUUUCAGGGUGGAUUAUAAGGAUAAUUGUGUUUUUUAUAGAGAGCAAUUUUCUUUUGAGGAAAAGGGUGCUGUAUUUUGUUUAUGGACUGAGGAAAGCUGUUCAGAAUUGUUUGUGGCUAGGGUUGGUUUUGAUUGCUUGGCAUUACUUAUUCGAUAAGAAGGUUCAGAGGGAGACUAAAAGUGAAGUCCUUAGGUAUGUAACUGAAGUUUUGGUUUGUCUUGUGGUGGGUGUGAUGUUGUGGUUAGUGAAGACCCUUUUGGUGAAGGUACUGGCAUCUUCUUUCCAUGUGAGUACUUAUUUUGAUAGAAUCCAGGAAUCAUUGUUCAAUCAAUAUGUAAUUGAGACUCUUUCUGGUCCACCUUUGAUUGAAAUUCAAAGGGCAGAGGAGGAGGAGGAGAGAAUUGCAAAUGAAGUUAUGAACCUACAAAAAGCUGGUGCUACAAUUCCUCCUGGCCUCAAGACUUCCACCCUUCCAUCAACUCAUUGUGGAAGGCAGAUAGGGAGUGGACAGAUCCAGAAAAGUCCUCGAGGAAAAAGCCCUAUGCUGUCUUCUGAGAAGGGAGAGAAGGAAGAUAAGGGGAUAACAAUUGAUCAUUUGCACAAAUUGAAUCCUAAAAAUGUCUCUGCUUGGAAUAUGAAAAGGUUGAUGAAUAUUAUCCGCCAUGGAGCUCUUUCCACUUUAGAUGAGCAGAUACAAGAUUCAUGUCAUGAAGAUGAGUCUGCAACACAAAUUAGAAGCGAAUGUCAGGCAAAAGUUGCGGCAAGGAAAAUCUUCCAGAAUGUUGCUAAGCCGGGAUCCAAGUACAUCUACUUGGAGGACAUUGAACGUUUUCUGCAAGAAGAUGAGGCUUUGAAGACUAUGAGUCUCUUUGAAGGAGCAUCUGAAAGCAGGAGAAUUAGCAAGAAGGCCCUCAAGAAUUGGGUGGUCAAUGCUUUUAGAGAACGAAGGGCUCUUGCCUUGACACUGAAUGAUACCAAAACAGCUGUCAACAGACUUCAUCAGGUGGUGAACAUUCUGGUUGGCAUCAUCAUAGUGGUUAUUUGGCUUCUCAUACUUGGAAUUGCCACCAGCAAAGUUCUUGUUUUUAUUAGCUCUCAACUGCUCCUAGUCGCCUUUAUAUUUGGAAACACCUGCAAGACAGUAUUUGAAGCUAUUAUAUUCUUAUUCGUUAUGCACCCAUUUGAUGUGGGUGACAGGUGUGAAAUUGAUGGAGUUCAGAUGAUAGUGGAGGAAAUGAACAUCUUGACUACUGUUUUCCUAAGAUAUGACAACCAGAAGAUCAUAAUCCCAAACAGUGUCCUGGCUACCAAGGCCAUCAAUAACUACUAUCGGAGCCCUGAUAUGGGAGAUGCAGUUGAAUUCUGUAUCCAUGUGAAAACUCCUGCAGAAAAGAUUGGUCUUAUGAAGCAGAGGAUAUUGAGUUACAUUGAGCACAGGAGUGACCACUGGUAUCCAGCUCCGAUGAUUAUAUUUAAGGAACUUGAAGACUUGAACAGAGUAAGGAUCGCAAUAUGGCUUACACAUAGAAUGAAUCACCAAGACAUGGGAGAGCGAUGGGCGAGAAGGGCUCUCUUGGUUGAAGAGAUGGUUAAGAUUUUCAACGACUUGGAUAUUAAAUAUCGCUUAUAUCCCAUUGACAUCAACGUCUGUAGCACGCCUCCUGUGGCAUCGGACCGCCUUCCGCCAAGUUGGACUGCAUCUGCUAGCUGAACAACAUAAAAGGCAAACUAU